GUAAGGGCCAGAAGUGGUUUGGUUGUUGUUUAGCACUUAUAAUUGUGUUCUUAUUUAUGAUGAAUUCUGCUGAAGAUUUACAGCGUCUUAAGAAACUAGAGCAGGAACUAGACAUUGUUAACAAGGAAUAUCUCGUGAAUGAGUCGUUUGGACACUUAAGCCAUUUACGUGGGAAGCUGGAACUUUUGAAAUGUAAAUAUUUAGAACUGGAUCCUACUUGCAAAGGUCGGAUAGAUAUUUUAGAUGUUUUCAAGGCAGCCCAGGACCUGGGAGUCUCCAGGAGCAAUCAAGAGCUUCAACAAAUGGCACUGGAUCUGACUGGAAAUGCUGGUCAAGCUCUUGGUUACAGAGACUUUGUCAAGAUCAUGCUGACGUGCAUCUCUACCAUGUGCAAAAGAGUGUAUUACACUGGCAGAACUGAAGAUGUGUAUCAACCCUGUUUACUGGACUCUCUUAGCACUUACAUGGAACUCUGCUUUUCUGGAAUUUCAUCACCCAUAAUGGAUUUCCCACCCCCACCACCUCCAUCUCCUGCAGAUGGGUGGUUUUCUCCCCUUUGA